AUGACAAUGGCUAUUCCGGUGAUUGGGAUGGGCACUUCCUCAUAUCCUCCGGUUGAUCCAGAAACAGCAAAAUCAGCGAUUCUGGAAGCGAUGAAAGCAGGCUAUCGUCACUUUGAUACUGCCUUUUUAUAUGGAUCCGAGAAGCCUCUUGGUGAAGCAGUUGCUGACGCUCUACGCCUUGGUCUCAUUAAGUCCCGCGAUGAGCUCUUCAUCACAACCAAGCUAUGGUGCACCUUCGCUGAACGUGAUCAAGUGGUUCCUGCCUGUAAAAUGAGCCUCGAGAACCUCCAGUUGGAGUAUGUUGACAUGUAUUUGAUACACUGGCCAUUGAGGUUGAGCGGAACGGUACAUCAAACCCCUUUUUCAAAAGAAUCCACACAUCCUUUAGAUAUCAAGUCUGUUUGGGAAGCCAUGGAAGAGUGUCAAAAUCUUGGCCUCACCAAGGGCAUUGGUGUCAGUAAUUUCUCUUGCAACAAACUUGAGGAGCUUCUCUCAGUGGCCAAAAUUCCUCCGGCCAUCAAUCAGGUGGAGAUGAACCCACUUUGGCAACAAAAGAAACUAAGGGAGUUUUGCAAGGCAAAGGGUAUUCAUAUCACUGCUUACUGUCCUUUGGGUGCCAAUGGAACAACAUGGGGAGACAACAGAAUUGUGGAGUGUGAUGUGCUCGAGGAAAUUGCCAAGGCCAAAGGGAAAACCGCUGCCCAGGUUUUUACAGUUCUACUAUUGACUUUUAAAUGCUUUUCUUUGUGUUCUAUAAAUUGGAAAAGAUAAUACAAGCUAGCUUGCUGGGGUAUGAUUUGUCAACAGUGUCAAUUCUGAUCUCAUUCAGUUUAAAACAAUCAUUUUUAUGAUGAAUUAAGAUAUAAUCCAUCACUAUAAGUGAAUGAAUUGCAAAAAUUUUGAGAGAAUUACUAGUUGGAGGGCAGCAAACAGCUCGUUUUUGUCCUUUAGAUAAUGAAAGCCCAAAAGCAACAGAUAAAGGCACUUUUAACAUCAAAAGUAAAUCACUUAUCUUUUACAUCUCAUAAUUGCCCUCACUGAAGUACUUUGAAUGAUGGUUUUAAAGAGUGGCCAUUAUGGGAGUUUUUGGCUUCAUUUGGAUUGGCAUACUAAGUUCGAAUGGAUUCAGAUUUCAAACACUUAAGACCUUACAUAUUUAAAUCGGAAUAAGGUUCUAAAAUCCUGAUUGUUCAGGUGAUUGAGUCAAAGUGUAAGGCUACCUCUAGAUAUUUUUCUCUGCCUUGGAGAUCAAAUACUUAAAAAAUUUCCUUUGUAGCAAAUAUGUGAAGAAAGACAAAUUUCAAUUCCGUAAAUUACUUUCUUAGAAUAGUGAAAAAUAAAUUUUUAUUAGCCCAAGACUCACAAUCGAAGUUGAAGAAGAACGGAUAAAUUAGAAUAUAGCUCCAAAAAAUGAGGGAAGAAAAAGACUUUUAUUGUUAUGGAGAAAUCUAAGAUACCAGCUUACAAUCAAAAACUUACAAAAGAGAAAGCUUACAAAAGAAAAAAACUUAUAAGAGAGAAAAUAGGAAUAAACUAGUAAUUGUUGUUGGUGAUUUGUGUUUUUGUUGGCUUGGUGAUUUGAGUUGGUGGGGAGUCUAUUUUUAGGUGACUAGAGAAUGGUCUACAAGCUCAAGGUAGGUGGAGGUUUGGAAGGUUCAAGAAUUGUAACUUAGUGGUGAGCAUUGAUAGAAAAGUGAAGGUUCUAGAUGUUGGUUAAAGGGUCAAGAAGGAUACCAAGUACAAACAUAUUCUACAAGGUUCUAGAUAUUGAAAUUCUCAAAUAUAUUAAUCCUCACUACAUCCCUAAAAAAUAAAAUAUUUAAAUAAAUAAUUACCAAAAGUUUAUUUUAAAUUUUUAACACUCCCCCUUAAAGUGAACCUUUGGAAAUAAGUCCAAGCUCCGCACGAAGAUUCUAGAAUGUUCCCUUAGAGAGAGACUUGGUGAAGAUAUCUGCAAUGUUGUCCUUGCUCCGCACCUUCGAUACUUCAAUUGUUCCUUCAAGCACCUUCUCACGAAUGAAAUGUUGCUUGAUCUUAAUAUGCUUUGUUCUUGCGUGACACACCAAAUUAGUAGCCAACUUUCUAGCACUUUGAUUGUCACCAAGAAUUUUUGUAGGUUUAUGAAUAGGUGAAAACACAUCUGCAACAAGCCAAUGAAGCCAAGUGCAUUCUUGAGCAGCAAGAGUGGAAGCCUUAUACUCUGCUUCGGUAGUAAAAAGCGAGACCGAGUCUUGCUUUUUACUAGACCAAGAGACACAUGCCGAACCACAUGAAAACACAUACCCAAAGGUAGAUUUUCGAUCAUCCAAAUCACCUCCUAAUUCGCAUCCGUAAAACCAAGUAGAGAAAAUUCAACCCCUUUCUUAAAAAGAAGUCCCGUGUCAUAAGUAGAAUUCACAUACUUCGAUAUCCGCUUCGUCGCAUCAAGGUGAGAUUUCUGUGGCUCUUGCAUAUAGCGACUAACAAGCCCAACGAAAAAAGAAAUAUCUGGCCCUGUAAUAGUUAAAUAAAUUAUACUACCAACAAGAGCACGAUAAGGUCGGGGAUCAGACAAAAUUUUACUUUCAUCAUGCCUAAUUUUAAAGUUAGGGUCAAGAGGAGUGGAAUAGUACUUGCUUUUAUUUAUUCAAACCUGUCAACAAGCUUCUUAGCAUAGCCUUCCUGAGAUAGAAAAAUCCCAUCCUUCACCUUUUUUCACUUCCAAGCUAAAAAAAUGACUUAACUCUCCCAAAUCUUUUAUCUCAAAUCAAAUAGAAAGUUCAGCUAGAAGCUUUGCAACCUCUUGUGCAUCAUUGUUGGUAAUGAUCAUAUCAUCCACAUAUAUUAGAACAAUCAUGUGCAGUGAUCCUUGCUUCUUUACAAAUAAACUAGAAUAUGAGUUAGAAGCAAAAUAACUACAAAACUGUAAGGACUCGGCAAUCUUACUGUACCACACCCUUGGACCUUGUUUAAGGCCAUAGAGAGCCUUCUUGAGUUUUCACACAUACUCUGAGUGAGUUGGAGAAACAAAGCUAAGGGGUUGCUCCAUGUAGAUUUCCUUAUCAAUUUCGCCAUAUAGGAAAGUAUUUUUUACAUCAAGCUGAUAUAGCUUCCAACCAAGAGAAGUUGCUCAAGAGAUCACAACCCAAGCAGAUGUCAUAUUUGCUACAAGGCUAAAAGUCUCUUCAUAAUCUUCUCCAUAUACUUGAGAGAAGCCUCUUACAACAAGCCUUGCUUUGAAUCUAUCAAUGCUCCCAUUUGCUUUCUUUUUCAAUUUGUACACCCAUUUGCAAGACACCAGCUUUACAUCCUUGGGCAUUGGCAAUUUCCAAAUGCUCUUACUCUUUUCCUCACUGCAUCACACAAUGUAGAAGUCCCUCCUUUAAAUUUAUAAGCCACUAGCUUCGCCUUUUUCUCGUCCAGAAUGACCAUAUAGUUUUAGAAUAUUUCUAGCUCAACCAACCAAUCAAGGAAAUUCUCAACAUGAAGGUAUCCCUAAUAUUUGCGUAAGUCACUCUCUAUAUAGUCAAGUACUUAUCAUCAUCCUCAUUGUCUUCAAUGGGUGUUGCUCUAGCAGAUGCACCAUGAACAUUCAGCCUCGUAAGAUAGACAUGAUGAUCUUGUACGGGUUGGACAUGGGCCAUAUCACCGUUGCUUUUCUCUGUCGACCACGAUCCUGGUUCAAACCUAAGAUCAACUAAGCAUCCAUAGCCCGCAAUUCUUACAAAUAUUGUUGGCUUGCUAGAAUUUUUAUUGAUUUUAUUAUUGAAAAAACAAGAAUUUGGCCCUCGAAUGAACCCUUUCCCAUAUGUUCACCAUCAUAAGGAAGAUUUUUACCACUUUAUUGGUGGGCAUUGCUUGAACUCCGAAAAUGCACCCAAGUGCAGAUGAUCAACCUAUAGUAAUAAUUCUAUGCAGUCCGAGAUCAAUCAAUGAGGAAGGGGUAAAUUAAAUAAAAGUGUAAGGCAAAAUGAGUUUUGAAAAGAGUAAGAGCAUUUGGAAAAUAAUUUGCAAAGAUAAGUUUAAAGUAAAUAAUA